UGCAUUUAUUAUUAUAUAGAUUAGAUUCAUAGAUUCCGAAUCGGUUUUAUCGAAUUUCCUAAUUGAAUUAUGAUUAAAACAAUCAAUUUUAGUAAUGAUGUGACGUGAAACAGUGCCGUUGAGUGUCUUGUGUUUAAUCAAUUUAAUUUUGCACGCGAAGCUACAUAUUUAAGAAAUGAAGACGUAUUUGUUAUAUUGAUUUAUUUUUACAUCCUAGGAAUCAUGCGAGCAAAAAAAAGGUUUUCGUUGAUAUUCUUCUGCAUUGUGUUGUUUCUCUACUUUUAUGCAAAUAGAGAAGUUCUGAAAAAAGAAGAACUACCCAUCCUUCUUCAUGAAGAAUUACCCUCGUAUUUUGAUUCAUGGAUACACGAAUUAAGUCAGACUAAUCCUGAAAUAGGCCCAUCGCUAGCGUUAAGAAGUCAUAGUGAUAUUCCUGAUGGUGAUUCCAGAAAAUCUAAUUUUCAAUCCGCAAUAACUAAAAAAUGCCGAAUGGAAACUUGCUUUGAUUUCUCCAAGUGCCGAAAUGGUUUCAAGGUUUAUAUUUAUCCAGAAGUUGACGUCGAAGAAAAUGAAGUCCGGAGCGCCUUGUAUCAAAAAAUUAUAGACGUGGUUAAUGAGUCAAGAUAUAAUACGAGUGAUCCAAAUGAUGCCUGCUUGUUCAUUACUACCAUCGAUACGCUGAGCAGAGAUCGUGGUUCGGACGAUUAUGUGACUAACGUUCCAUUAAAACUCAGAUCUCUAAAAUAUUGGAAUGGUGGCAGAAAUCAUUUGAUUUUUAAUCUGUAUUCUGGAAGUUGGCCACAUUAUGUUGAAGAUGAUUUGGGUUUCGACUCAGGAGAAGCUAUUUUAGCGAAAGCCAGUAUGUCAGUCACGACAAUGAGACCGGGAUUUGAUAUCUCUAUUCCAUUGUUUCCAAAAACUCAUCCCAAACGUGGAAGAGAGCAGGGUGCGAUGAAAGAAAACAAAUUCCCAGUCAACAAAAAAUACUUAUUAGCUUUCAAAGGAAAACGAUAUGUUCAUGGAAUUGGUUCAGAUACUCGAAACUCUCUACAUCACUUGCAUAAUGAUAAAGAUGUAAUUAUGUUAACCACUUGUCAGCAUGGAAAAUAUUGGGAGAAGUGGAAAGACGAAAGAUGUGACGAAGAUAAUGCGCUAUACAGCAAGUACGACUACCAACUACUUUUGCUGAAUUCUUCGUUUUGCCUUAUACCAAGAGGUCGACGAUUAGGGACUUUCAGAUUUUUGGAAGCUUUACAAGCUGGAUGUAUUCCAGUUUUACUUUCCAACGGGUGGGCAUUACCAUUUGAAGAAGUGAUUGACUGGAGUAAAGCUGCUAUUUUGGCCAAUGAACAACUGCUAUAUGAGUUACCAGAUAUUGUUCGUUCGAUUUCGGAGUCGAAAGCUUUCAUAUUUCGUCAACAGACACAAAUUUUAUGGGAGCAGUAUUUUUCUUCAAUUGAGAAAAUUGUUUUUACCACUUUUGAGAUCAUUCGUCAGAGAUUACCUACUCAACAAUUUCACGAUGGAUUAGUGUGGAAUACAUCUCCUGGAGCAUUACUCACCCAAAAUAAUUUAUCGGAUUCUUUACGACAUUAUCCGUUCCAUUACGACAUAUACGGUAUCAGUCCUCAAGAUGAGUUUACUGCCAUAAUAUAUUCUCAAAUGUCUCACUCAGUAACAGGAAAUUCACCUAUUUACCGUUUGCUGCGUAGUAUUGCCAGAAGCCAAUAUGUUACAGAAAUAAUUGUUAUAUGGUGUAAUGAUAAAGUAACUCCCCAACAAGUACGCUGGCCUUCAUUUUCUCGAAUACGGUUCACGAUAAUUCACAGCCCGGGAGUAAUGCAACGGUUUCGACUGUUCAAAGAAAUCCAUACAGAAGCUAUUUUGUCAUUAGAUGAAGACGUUGUUCUAACCACCGACGAAAUUGAUUUUGCUUUCCAAGUCUGGAAAGAUUUCCCGGAUCGCAUUGUAGGGUAUCCGGCCAGGUCUCAUUAUUGGGAUGAAUUCAAAAAUAACUGGGGAUACACAUCAAAAUGGACAAAUGAUUAUUCAAUUGUAUUAACAGGAGCUGCAUUUUAUCACAAGUAUUACAAUUACCUAUACACCGAAUGGCUAGGUCCAACGAUGUUAAAAACAGUUGAACAAUCGAAUAAUUGCGAAGACAUUUUGAUGAAUUUUCUCGUGAGCCAUGUUACUCGACAAUCUCCUAUAAAAGUUACUCAAAGGAAACAUUACAAAGAACAGUCAGCUACUCGUACUUUCUCAAGGUCUCCGUGGAAUGAUCCGGAUCAUUUUACUCAGCGGCAAGUUUGCUUGAAUACUUUUGUUGCGUUAUUUGGAUAUAUGCCACUAGUCAGAUCUAAUUUGAGAUUAGAUCCAAUUUUAUUCAAAGACCCGGUCUCUAAUCUUCGUAAAAAAUAUCGUCAGAUUGAACUGGUGGAGAGUUGAUUGGACUAGCCUAUUUUGUUUUUAUCUCUGUUAUUGUGAUCAAUUUUUUUAUUUCAUUUUUCAACUUUUUAUAGUGCAUUUUUAUUGCAUAGUAUUAUUAUUUUGUUUUUCAUCAUUUUAUUUACAAUUAAUCUAGUCAAUGUGGUAGUAUUUUUAUUCAAAAUAAAGACUGAGAUGUUUGCUAUA